UAAAGUCUGAUUUUCUUAUCAUCCGCAGUAUUGAUCAAGAAUCUUGCUUAAUUCGUAUGUGAUUAUGGAAUUACCUGGCCAAAUCAAAGCUUCUUCACAUCCCAGUGACUAAACAGCAAUUAGAAACAGUUCUUCUAAUUGGCGUAAAAUCUCAACUUAUAUUAAAAGCAAUUCUUAGCGUACAUUGUAAGAUUGUACAUCGAUCGGAACAAGGUGUUGUAUACAUUCACAGUGAUUUGAAUUUGAAAUAAUGCUGUUCAUUAGAAGUUAAACAAUGAUGACAUCGCUUUUGUUAUGUGGUCGUUCUUGGAGAUCACCAUCCGAGUAUCAGGACGGAUCCUGUAUUUUAACGACCGGUAGCGUCAUGGCAGAUCAAGGAGAGAAUAUACCCCCAUCAAACUGUUACAGACUGGUGCUUUUAGGCUCUAGCAAAGUUGGUAAAACGUCUUUGGUUAACCGAUUCUUGAAAAAUAAAUUUGAGGAUGUGUAUACACCAACUAUUGAAGACUUUCAUCGUAAAAUAUAUCGUAUCAAAGGACAAUCAUAUCGCCUGGAUGUAUUAGACACUUCUGGUAACCACCCAUUUCCCGCCAUUAGAAGGCUCUCAAUUAUAACAGGAGAUAUCUUCUUAUUGAUGUAUGACAUUUGUGACAGAGAAUCAUUCAACGAAGUGACAAGACUUUGUCAACAAAUCUAUGAGAUCAAAGGACAAUGUCGAACCCGAAUUGCACCUAAAAUAUGUAUUCCAAUGGUAAUCAUCGGAAACAAAUGUGAUCGGGAAAAACAUCGUGAAAUAGACUCAUCUGAAGGAGAAGAGCUUGCUCGACAGUAUACUAAUGUCAGUUUCACAGAAACAUCAGCAAAGAAGAACGUAAACGUCGAAGAAGCGUUUAUUAGGUUGUUCACCUUAGCAAAAAUGCCCGCCGAGAUGAGUCCCUCUUUACACAGAAAAGUACAUCCAGGUGUAAUCGAUGAUGAAACCACAAGUAGAAAGAGCCUUUCAAUUCGCCGUCGUCUGUCGGAGGCUUGUGGAACAAUUGCGCCUAAUGCUCGAAGGCCAAGCAUACGAACUGAUUUACUUACAGCGCAAAUGCGAGGUAGCACAUCAAGGUCUCUCAUUGCGAGUAAUACUGGUAACUCCAAAUGCACCAUUCAGUGAACUGGUUAUCUAAAUUAUGUACUUCGUUGCCUUAUUAUUGGGUUUGUUAUUCUGUUGUUUAAGGAAUCUUCACAUUUUUAAAUGAAAUUUAUAAUUUUUUUUAUAAUCACAAAGUCGUAUUUAUUGAAAAGAAUCCGUUGUCAUCAGUAACUUAAUUGAUGGCGAUCGAUACAUUAAUGUUUCUGGUAAAUUGUGCCUGUCAGUCUUGUAACUUUUUUGUGGUUUCAUGUGUUGAUGUUAUUUCCGGUAAGGCUUCAUAAACUGAUGGCAUCUCCGGAAGUUUAUAAAUAAGACAUAUUCUGCAUCAUAUACUGAAAUGUGCAUAUCCUAUUACGUAGCUAAAUGAAGUUUAGUUUUGUACAUAAGUUUACCAGAAAUGGGAAAUUAAAAUUAGGUUUGUAAAACUGUAUCAAAGAUAUAAAUCAAAGCUGCCAAUGACAAUAUCGAAACACACAGAUCGAAUUAUCUAAUAGCUUAAAGUUAAACAUCUAAUAUCUAUGGAAAUUGCCUUGUCAAUUUUAUGUUUCCUUAGAAUCGAUCUAUAAAGGACAUGAUAUACAGAAUGACUAUGUUCUACCUAAUAAGAUGUUUUGUUUCCGAGACUGGAAUAACUUAUUUAUGUACAUAGUCAAGGACAAUUAUCACUAACUUGUUUAACAUAUCAGAGCACAUCCAACAGAAAAUAUGUAUAAACUGAGUUGUACAACAUUUUUUUUAUAAAACAGACGGAAGGAGAAAAAUAGAUGUUAUUAUGUGUCAGUGCUGUCCAUAGGCGCUUAGAGGCCUGAUCUUAAGGCUAUCACUGUUUUCUGUAGUAUUAUUUGUUUUGCCGUUGAAAGUCGUAAGUGGUGAAAGGUGGAUUUUUAUCUACUUUGCUAUUCUCAAUUGUUAGUUAUCGUUGAAAGUCUCACCGUUGACAAAACAAUAUCUCCUUAUAAAUCAAAUAGUCCAUAUCAUCAUUGAACUAAAUCGAUUGAGGUCAGUUAUUCAAUCGUUUUUUUAACAUUUUACUCUUUUAAUUGGUCUCCAGAGGAUGUCCUAUUUCAAAAUUGUAUCGCAAUUUGCCCCUUAUUAACAAAACUGGUCGUAUUUACUAAACUAAUUUACAUGAGGGUUCAAAUUUUUUAAAUUCAAUGAAAAAAAAAUCUAAAAGGAGUCAUACUUAGGUCUAUACAAUAGUUUAAAAGUUAUUUUUUGAAUGAUGUAUAAAUACAUUUUCAAAUUAAAUCUUUGGCAAUUGUUAAAUGUGUAUUGCCAGAGACUUGUUUUUCAUUCCUCUUUACAUUAAAAUAUAUUAAACUAUAAGGUUUUUCAACCCAUACCAUCUAUUUAAAGACACAAUAACAAGUAAGCACGGAAGUUAUCAGACAUGUAGUAGAUUAUUUAGAAUGAGAUAUGCGUGGUAAUGAUGGUAUUGUGAAGGACAAGAGAGAAAAGAAAGGAAUGGCCAUCACGUAAAUAUAUGAAAACAACACGACAAAAAGGAGUUUGGUAAAUACAACAAGAUUAUUUGGAUUAAUAGCUUCAAUAUACAUUACAUUUGUCAUUUCGGGGCCUUUUAUUGCUUACUAUGCGGUAUAUGGGUUUUGCUCACUGUUGAAGGUCAUACGGUGACCUAUAGCAGUUAUAACUUCUACAUCACUUGGUCUCUAGUGGAGAGAUACAUUGGCGAUCAUACCACACCUCCUUAAUUACAUAUAUACAAUACAAUUUGGUUAGGAUCUUCAGCACUGUAAACUUUAAUAUCUCGGAGCAAAGCAUAUCAACAAUCGUAAAUAUGUCACGUGAUAAUUGUGAUACUUCUAAAUUCAUAACUACAAUUAUAUCCUUCAAAAAUCGAAAGUAUUUAAGUUGAAUACUAAGUACAUUUUUUAAGUUUUGUUUUGUUUCUAAAAGAAAGCCAUAAUGAUUGACAAUGUUUUUUUUAUUUGUUUUGAUGCUACUGUAUAUACUUAUUAAUAUACUGAAGUCUCUAUGAGUUUGGACUUUAAUUGUUAUAAGAAAUAUUAGCUUGAAACACAAAAUUAAAAUGUUGUUUUUAAUCUAUAAUUUUUACUGGAUGAGUUUGUAGGUGCCAAAAAUACGAAAAAUUGUAUUUCAAAUAAGACAAAAUUGUUGUUAUUCCUUCAAUCAGUGUUUUGUUUUAUUUAUAUUUUUUAUUAAAAUUGUG